AUAAAUUAAAAAUUAUCAAUUUUUUGAUAGCGACUCGGAAAAAAUGAAAUAGAAUUGAUUUUCGGUCGAUUUAUUAAAAAAUGAAGUAAAUUGUGGUGUUUUAUGAAACGAAUAACGGAUAAUAUUUUCAUUGUAGACAUGACAGAUAUCUAGUGAAGUUUACUCACAUACUCGAGUUGAAAAUCAACUUGAGGAGAUCUCGAACAUUUUUUCGAAGAUGUUUCAAAUAAUUUCAAAUUGUAAGAGGGCACUUCCCCAUUUCUUUAUGAUUCGAUAUUUCAAGCGUACAAACAUACACAUUGCUUAGUUCCCAUUCAAUUGAAACAGCAUCGCCGUUGAAAGUUGCGUGUAAACACCGACAAUGAAGCACAGCAGCAAUUCGAAUUCGCUGAUUAUGGGCUGGAUAAUGUCCAUCAAACUGUCCAAAGUUAUUGGUUUAGUUUUUCUGGUGCUCAUCUCCGUUUCUGUACUGAUUCAUUACUUCCUGUCCAGGGUUGAAAAGGAUGUGCAGUACAUCCAUUAUUCGAGAUCGACUCUGGAUGUAUCCGAAGAUUUUACCGCUUUGAGCGCGUCCAAAUUGAAAUUCAGAAUUCAAGAUAUGAUGAGAAUCAAAGGGUCCGUGUUAAAUGAAAUUAGAAAUUUGGAAUCGAAAAGACAGAAGUUGCAGAAAGAAAUCCUCGCAUGUCAUCAGAGAAAAGAACAGUGUAAUUUAGAGGUAACCAAAUUGCAAACGGAAUCGAAUAAAUUGAAAAUUUCCGUUCAGCAGGCUCAUUUAUCGCAUUUAGAAGCGGUGCAACGCAAUAGUCCGGAAUUAGCUCCGCCGAUACCAAUUCUUUCCAACGAGCUGCCUAAAAUUAGAACCGCCGUCAGUGAAAUUCCUCUAUGUUAUAAAAUGCGAUCGUGUUUCGAUUAUUCUCGUUGCUCGCUUACUUCUGGAUUUCCAGUUUAUCUUUACGAUCCGGAAAUCUAUUUUCCUAGCUGGCAAAUAUCGUCGUACUUGAAAACAAUGAUCAGACUGAAUAUCAAUUUUAAUCCUCACGUUACCAAUAAUUCGCGAAACGCUUGCGUAUUCGUAAUUUUGAUCGGAGAAACAGACCAACCGGAUGCUAAGCUGUUAUCAAAACUACCGUUUUGGGGAGGCGAUGGUCGAAAUCAUAUUGUGAUUAAUUUAUCCCGUAGUUUGUACAGUUCUUCGAAUAGAAUAGCGCCGUCGUUGGAAACUGGAAAAGCCAUACUCGUUCAAUCGACGUGGAAUGUUGACGAGUACAGAAUUUUUCACGAUAUUGUAAUACCGCCAAUUUUAGGCCCUCCCGGUGGCGAAGUAUGGAUGGAUUCGCCGUACAUGUUACCAGCGCGACGCAAAUACUUACUUUCAUUUCAAGGUGUCUUGGAUGCGAAAAAUGAAUCAGUCAACGACGAUUACGAUAUCUCUCGAUUGCGAAACAUUCGCCAACAUUUAACAUCGAAGACUACGGAUGAAUUUUACAUGGAUUUCGACUGCGCAUUGGCCGAACAGCAUAAAAAUUCUACGUCCGAAGAAUGGCUGUUGUGUAGAAGCGAAAGAGAUAGAGCUGCCAUUUUGAAGGAGUCGACUUUCGCAUUAAUUCCUUGCGCCAUAAAAACUAAUGUUCUUUCAACUGCAACGUUUCUCACGCGUUUGUUCGAAUCUUUGAAGCACGGAACUAUUCCUCUUAUUCUGGGCAGUGAUUACGUUACUUUGCCUUUUAGCGAGGUGAUCGAUUGGAAAAAAGCCGUUUUACCUUUACCGUUGGCUCGAAUGCCCGAAUGUCAUUGGCUAAUGCGAAGCAUACCCGAUAACGAUUUGUUGCUGAUGAAAAGACAAGGGAGAUUGCUGUAUGAAAAGUAUUUUGCAACCGGUCAAAAUGUUCUGGAUACUGUAAUCGCAGUUGUACGAAAUCGAUUACUAAUUCCACCUUCUGCGAUUCUCGAUGCUCCUAAUCCGAGCGUAUUUCCCGAUAAUUUCACGGUGUCGAAAAUGGACCCACCGGCUCCAGAAAGUGAACCAGAAGAAAAUCUAGGACCGUUGGAACCUCCUUCGAGUUCUAUGAAAUUCAUGCGAAACUAUUCGUCGAUGCUCACCCAAAACUACGAAAUAUGGAAUACUUGGGUCGACCCGUUUCACUUGUAUCCGAAUUUGCCAUUCGAUCCGUUGCUGCCAUCUGACGCUAAAUUUAUCGGUUCCGAGAUCGGAUUUCGUGCUAUAAAUAGUGGAGCCGGCGGAGCUGGCAAAGAAUUUUGUGAAAGUUUAGGAGGAAAUGUGCAAAAGGAGCAGUUCACGAUAGUUAUACUCACUUACGAACGAGAACAAGUUUUGAUGAAUUCCUUGAAUCGAUUACACGGAUUACCGUAUUUAAAUAAAGUUAUAGUGGUGUGGAAUUCUCCAACUCCACCGUCUUCGGAUUUUCGUUUACCCGAUAUUGGAAUUCCAAUUCAGUUUGUUCAAGCGAGAAAGAAUAGUUUAAAUAAUCGAUUCCUGCCGUAUGCCGCCAUUGAAACAGAAGCCGUGCUGUCCGUAGACGAUGAUGCUCAUUUAAGACACGAUGAAAUAAUUUUUGGAUUCAGAGUAUGGAGAGAAGAAAGAGACAGGAUUGUGGGUUUUCCUGGCAGAUAUCACGCGUUAGAUUUAAAUCACGGAGGAUGGUUGUAUAAUUCAAAUUAUAGCUGCGAAUUAUCUAUGGUGUUGACAGGGGCAGCUUUUUUCCAUCGACACUACCUAUACUUGUAUACGUAUUCUUUACCUCAAGCUAUCAGAGAUAUGGUGGACGAGUACAUGAACUGCGAAGAUAUCGCGAUGAAUUUCUUAGUCUCUCAUUUGACGAGAAAACCUCCAGUCAAGGUGACCUCAAGAUGGACAUUCCGCUGUCCCGGUUGUCCGGUUUCGCUUUCGGAAGACGAAACACAUUUCAACGAAAGACAUAAAUGUAUUAAUUUUUUCACCAAGGUGUUUGGUUAUACGCCAUUAUUGUAUACGCAAUUCAGAGCAGAUUCGAUUCUCUUCAAAACGAGAAUUCCCCAUGACAAACAAAAAUGUUUCAAAUACAUUUGAUGUGUUACGCGAUCAUCGCCAUGUGAAAGUUUUUUUCCAACUUGUGAACCGAGGACAGAAAAAUGUUUAGGAAAGCAGGAAAUAGGAAUUGGUGCCUUGACAAGUUCUCAAGCGAAGCCUAUUACUAGGUGUUUGCUAAGGAGGAUAUUAUAAAAUUCUCACGACGUUGUUCGGAACUUUCGUAUUGAAUCAAUCUUUGUGAUAAUAAUUAUUUAGCGACGAUUUUUUUUAUGUUAAAAUGAAUUACGAGUUGAUAAGUAUUUAGAACUGCUUCAAAUUGAAGCGAAAUUGCAUUUUUAUUCUACGUGUCAUUCGAUUAGUUCGGAUUUGUUUUGUUUUUUGUUUACAAUUUUAAAUUUUGUUUUAUACGCUACAAAAUGAAUCAAAACGAAUAAGUUGCUAGUCUAAAUCAUAAUUUACCUAUUUUAUUUAAAAAGACACGAUGUAAUAUGUAUUUCAUUUUAUGCGUAAGUGAGUGGAUUCGAUUUUUAAUUUUUUGUACCGCGUUGUUUUAAUUUUGUUUAUUGUUUUAGUACAUAUUUCAACUGUUAGAUAAUCAGUAUUAUUCAAUUUUAAACUUUGAAAUUAUUUUUACAAAUACAUACUUACUAUCUGGAAAAGCUA